AUGGCUGCGCCCUACAAGUUGCGCUGUAAUGUUGUUGGUCAUGAAAAAGACGUUAGAGCCGUCUGUUCUACUCUUUAUCCAGAAAACGGGAUAUUAUCGGGAUCAAGAGAUGUGACGGCACGAAUUUGGAUGCCUAUCGAAAAUGAUAAUGGCUAUCAAGAGGGGCAUGUUAUGAGUGGACAUAAUAAUUUUGUAUCAAGUGUUUGUGUUAUGCCACCUGAUGAUAAAUAUCCUAAUGGUUUGAUAUUCACUGGUAGCAAUGAUUCCACCAUCUUGGCCUAUACUCUAGAUUCACCACAACCAAUUUAUAAAUUAACAGGACAUUCUAGUUCAGUAUGUACAUUGGCAACUGGUAAAUUUGGUUUCCUUGUGAGUGGAUCUUGGGAUAAAACUGCAAAAGUCUGGUUGAAUCAAAAGUGUGUUAUGACUCUUGAAGGUCAUGAGUCAGCAGUGUGGGCUGUAGUUACGAUGUCUGAAGAUGGUGUCAUGUUAACAGGUUCAGCUGAUAGAACUAUUAAGAUGUGGAAAGCUGGUAAAUGUGAAAAGACAUUUAGAGGUCAUGAAGACUGUGUAAGAGGUCUUGCUAGUGUCAGAUCAGGAGAGUUUCUAUCAUGUUCCAAUGAUGCUACAAUCAAACGCUGGCUGACUACUGGAGAUUGUAUAGCUACCUACUAUGGUCAUACUAACUAUGUGUAUAGUAUAGCGUUACUGCCUAAUGGUGAAGACUUUGUUACUAGUAGUGAAGAUAGGACUGUAAGGGUAUGGAAGGGAGGUGACUGUGUACAGACUAUACCACACCCUACACAGUCUAUAUGGAGUGUCUGUACGUUACCUAAUGGUGAUAUUGUGUCUGGGGCCAGUGAUGGUUUUAUAAGAGUUUUUACCAAGAAUCCUGAUAGAAUAGCGUCACCUGAAGAAUUGAAGGCAUUUGAUGAAAUGAUAGCAGGAUCUACUAUACAAACACAGAUAGGAGAUAUAAAUGUUGAAGAUUUACCUGGUCCAGAGGCUUUAAUUAAUCCAGGAGUAAAAGAAGGCCAGAAUAAAAUGAUAAAAGAUGGUGGUAAAGUAUAUUUAUAUUGUUGGGAUUCUGCAGCUAGUAAAUGGAAUAAAAUAGGAGAUAUAGUUGGUGGAUCUGGUGGGACUCAAGCUUCUUCUGGUAAAUCUUUAUAUAAUGGAAAGGAAUAUGAUUACGUUUUCACUGUGGAUAUACAAGAAGGUCAACCUCCUUUAAAACUACCCUACAAUACAACAGAAGAUCCUUGGUUUGCAGCUCAACGUUUUUUAGAUGACAAUAAUCUAUCACAGUUGUUUCUUGACCAAGUAGCUAAUUUUAUAGUUGAUAAUACUAAAGGUGUUAUAUUGAAUACAGGUGCUCCCAGUGCUGGGGACCCUUUUACAAGUGGUGGAAGAUAUAUACCAGGCAGUGCUCCAGCAGCCAAUGGUAGUAGUGUUGGUGGUGGAGACCCUUUCACUGGAGCAGGACGUCACAUACCGUCCUAUACCAAUCAAUCUAAUUCUGGUAUAGCACAACCUCAUGGAGCGGACCCUUUUACAGGAAGUGGUAGUUAUAGAGCUAAUAAUAGUACCAGUCAACUAAAUAAUACCUAUUACCCUGUGACAAUCUAUCUUACUUUAUCUCAAUCUAAUCCUCAACAAAUCAUGAAUAAAUUAAAAGAGUUUAACCAAUCUGUAGAGAGUGAUAAAAAACUUAGUGAGAGUGAAUUAGAGGAGUUUUAUACAUUUAUAACGGCUCAAACAUCAACAGAUAAACAAAUAGCUACCUUAUGUAGAUUGUUGUUAUGGCCAGAAAAUGUGGUUUUCCCAGCAUUAGAUAUUUUACGACUACGUAUCACAUCUCCUGAGAUUAACACAUUAUUUACUAGUAAACCAGGAUUCUUAGAGGGUCUUUAUCAAUACCUAUCACCUGAUCAACCAACAGCCAAUCAGAUGUUAGCAAUUCGAAUCAUUGCUAAUUCUUUCAGCCAAUCAAAAGGUGCCAUGAGUAAUUGUGAAAAUCGUGAUCAAAUCAUCUCCGCCCUAUUGCCGUUAAAAAAUUCAACUAAUAAACACAUACAGAAAGCCAUAGCAACGGUACUUCUAAAUUUUUCUAUUGCCUUAUUAGGAACAUCUGAUGAAGAGGGAAAGUCGCAAUGUUUGUCUGCUGCAGGCUCAAUUUUGGACGGAAAUAUUGAUAAUGAAGCAGCUUUCCGGUUAAUUGUCUGUAUUGGGACUCUAGUUCAUCAAGAUGAUAAUAUGAAAGCUAUAGGACUAUCUUUGGAUGUCCCUGCUGUUCUCUCAAAAUAUAAGACAAUUACAGAAUCAAAGAAACUUGGUGAAAGUGCAGCAUUAUUAAGUAAUUGUUUUAGCUAAUGAUAUUGACUUUGCAUGUAUUUAAAAAUUAUAAUUUAAGUAUUACACAAUAAAUUUUGAAGAGUUGA